CAAUUUUUAACUUAAGAAUUUCGGUUUGUUGGUAUAACAAAAUUUUAGAUUUUUUUUUGCGUAAUAGAAUCCUGAUUGUAUACUGCAGUUCAGUUUAUUGCAAUUGUAAAUUUUCAAUUAGUGACUCGUGAUGAUGGACUCGACAGUCGAGUUUCCGGAAUGUGUGCCCGAAGAGGUGCUAGAACAAGAGCGCCAGCGCUUGCUCGACUUGGAAGAGGAUAAAAACAAGGUGAAACCGAAGAAAAAGAAGAUUCCCAAAAAGCAAAAGUCCUCCGGCUCAGCGGUGCAUGAUGCUCUCUACGAGCAGCAUAUUGAACGCAUGAAGAAUAUUACAACAAAAGUGGACGCUCUGCCACCCACAUUCCAUCCGACCCGUGUUACGGGCAUAAGCAUGCUGCGCGACGAUGCCAACGUGUACAUGAAACGCACCAGGGAGAAUAUUAUGCUCCUGGCGGAGAUGUCACACACAAUGAGAACACACGGCGCAAUCGUGCCCUUUCGUUUUGAAGAACCAAUUGUUCUGUCGGGCUAUGCGAGCGCGGUCUCGAACGUUGAGCGCUUGGAACGCAUGAACCAGGAGUUUGGCAAACGACUUCUCGAGGUCCGUAGUGAGGUGGACUCGGGCCUGGAGCUUUCCUCAGAUCCGCACCGCCGCGAAUUUUUGGGCAGGCGUAAGCAAGUCUCGCACUUUGUAGUGCCGGCAGAGUCCCUGCGCAAGUACGAGGCGUUUAAUUUGCAACUGCCCGAAAAAGAAUUGGAGUGUAAGCGACUCCUACGACCCUGCAUUUUCUUUGACGUCUAUUUAAAAGAUGUACGUCCAAUGGGUCGCAUAGUGGUCGAGCUGUACACGGAAGCAGCUCCCCUCGUAGUUCUGGAGAUGAUUCGCGCCUGCAUUUGUAACUCGAACAAUCGCUUCUCUGUCAUACGGCUCUUUCCCAACCUUUGGAUGGAGGUCGAGUUAGAGGUGGCACCGAAUACAGCGCUAAAGGAGCCAAUUGAAUACGAUGCUAAGAUAAUUGAUCAUAGCGUUUGCAACUACGUUCUAUCCUUCAGCAAGGAAUACUGCAUGGGAUUCCCUGGACGCAUUUGCAUGACCCUCUCGUUCAAGCCCAUUAGCGUUGUCAAUGGCACACGUGUGGGCUUUGGUCGCGUAAUAAGGGGAGCUAAAAUUUGUGACUGCCUGCAAAGCUAUGGAACCAAAAAUGGCAAGCUCAGCCGUGGCAUAAUCUUUACCAGCUGCGGACUACUAUAAUAGCUCCAAAUUGUCUGUAACCUGUCUAGAGUUCCUAAACAUGCCAUAUAAAAUUCCAUGUGCUUAAAGAAUGUGGAAAUAAAAUCCAUGUGUAGAGUUUCAAAAAUCA